AUGGUAAGUGACAAUGGACCUCAGUUUACCUCGGAAGAAUUCAGACAAUUCGCCGAUGCUUAUGAGUUUCAACAUGGUACGAGUUCGCCUGAUUAUCCACAGUCGAAUGGAAAGUCUGAGAACGCUGUAAAAACUGCAAAACGAAUAAUGGAGAAGGCGUUGGCAGUUGGAGCAGACCCCUACCUAGGAUUCCUGGAUUUCCGAAAUACUCCAACUGAAGGUUUGGAUACGUCACUGGUGCAGCGUCUGUUUGGUCGUCGGACAAAAACACUCCUACCCACAUCCAGUAGAUUACUGUCGAUGAGAAAGGACGAUUCGAGUACGGAGCGAAAGUUGAACGAUAGGAAAAGAAAACAAAUGUUUUACUAUAACAAAGCGUCGAAGAGUUUAAAGCCGUUAAAGGAAGGAGAUACAGUGUUCGUGAGACCGGCGAGGAGAUCGAAAGAGUGGAAGCGAGCUACUGCCAACAAAGCAAUGGGAAUUAGGUCAUAUGGGGUAACUACGGAGCAGGGAAGCAAGAUAAGGAGAAAUCGGAGACAUCUGCGUUUAGCCAGCAAUGAACAGUCUCCGUCAAAUACAGUUAGUGCGAAAGAUAUCGGGGCGUACGUAGAUCCGCCUAGACCAUUGAUAACGGACAGUAAUCAGAGAGAUCAGCCUGAUGUCGGAGAAACGAGAACAACGAUGGACAAUUCAGGACCGUUGACAACCGACAGUAAUCAGAUAGACCAGCCUGAUGUCGGAGAAACGAGAACAGAGAUUGAUGAUUCAAACGACAGUACCCGGGUAUCCCAGUCUAGGAACAGCCAGUCCCCUAUACGGUAUAGUUCGAGAGGGCGUGUUUUAAGAAAACCUGUUUACUUAAAGGAUUAUGUCUAA